UCCGUAGUUUAAAAGAGUACAAACAUGGCGUCGACCUGGUGCCGUUCAGAUCGGUCAGCAUGUUAGAUAAAAUGAAAGAGUCAAAAUAUACAUAAAUGUGUAAUGUUUGAAAAUUCUGAGAAUUACAGAAAAUUUAGCGGUUUAUUAAAUCAUGGGUAUUCAAUGCUUGUUGUUGGGUCUAAGGACCUGUCGGACAUUUAUUUCAGCUUAUCGAUUCACAGGUAUUCAGUCUUCAAGACCGUUCGUGUUUACAGCUUCCCAAACCUUUAAAGUCAAAGACAUCAGAAGCAUCUUAAGUUGCCACGUGCGCGCGGUUUCAGUCAGGAAUGCCUAUUCCUUCACCUCCUCUGCCGUCGCAAAGGACGUGGUUCUCUUCGAACACGACCGGACGCGUUUUUUCAGACUUUUGGCCAUAUUUUGCACUGGCCAGUUUUUAUUUUGGGUAUAUCUUGCUCACUUUGCUUUCACAAGUCUUCGAGACACUAGGAAAAAUAGUAGUGAACCACAAAAGGUCAGAACAGAGCUAGGAGGGCUUUUCAGUUUUGAUAUGAAUCUCGGUUCAGAUGCCUGGAGGUAUGGAUUCACUCUUGGGUGCCUAAUUAUUGGAGGAGGAAUCGUUGGCGUGGCAGUAUUGUUCAGCCACCGUUCUGUGAGUCGCGUAAUUCUGCAUAAGGGAGGUGGAAAAGUCUCAGUAUCUACACAAUCACCGCUGGGACCUCUGAGAGCUCACAGUCUAACUGUGCCUUUGUCUCAAGUGGCCUGUCAUGCACACAGACAGGAAUCCUCUUCAUUUAUCCCACUUAAAAUCAAGGGGUACAAGUUCUACUUCCUUUUGGACAAAGAAGGGACUCUGAGCAACCCAAAACUAUUUGACAUUACUGUUGGGGCCUACAGGCCCUUAUGAUGUCAUUUAUACCCCUGUGUCUCUGCGGUCCAAUGUGUAUGUGUCAUACAUCUGCUAUUCAUUUUGUUUUAUGUAUGAUUUUACAAGAGAAAUAAACUAACUUUUCUGUUCAUAACAAAACUUUUUACUUGGGAUUUGUGCUGACAAGCUUAUUCUGAAUUAUGACACAGGCUUACUCAUACAAGUCUGACUAAAAUUAAAUUAUAGUUCUGUCUUUGCAUUUUUUUUUUCAGCAGUAUUGAUGUUUGACUCAGAAAAU